AUGCGUGCCGCGGCGUACCUGCUUGGGGAGCAUCUUGACCAGCACCGCAAAGGACGCCAAUGCGAUGACGGGAAUAGAUUACGCCGCAGACCAGUCAGCUUCCUGAUCAGGGGUGAAGAGGUCAGCCACGUCGAAUUCCUGCGAUACUUUCGGCGGAAGAAGGUCAGCGACCCGGUUGCCUGGGUCCGGGAACAGGGAAAGAAGGGGGAUUCGGUACUCAGCGAGGAUGUCGAACUCGUCACCGGCAUCGCGACGCCGGAAUCCGACUCGGAAGAGAAUGAGAAGGAGCAUGAGUACGAGCAUGAUCAUGAUCAUGAUCAUGAUGCAGCCGUUGCCGAACGCGAGGCUGAACUCUGGGUCGAUGUGGCACGAGUGCAACCAACGGAAGAGAUUGAAGAACAAGACCUCUUGCCAGAUCGUAUGGCUGGGAGGGAUCCGUUUCAAGAGUAUGCGGCCGCUAAUAGUCCUCUGCGGCGGCAAGACAUGCAGUCCCACAUCUCCGAUCAGAUGUCCACGUCCACGUCGGUGUCUUUCCCGCGAACAGGGCCUCUUCAAGCCUCGUCGGCGUGGACGUUGACAUUGACGCCAGUGCUCUUCAGGCCUCAGGCCUUUCACGCCCUGGAGCACCUGAACUAUAGCAUGUCGACGUAUAUCAGUUCUUACGCGGCCUCUGCCCGGUCGCUCAGGCACAUGGAGCCAGCAGUGCACGCCUAUACGGUGCAUGCCGUAUUUGCAUCCAAGAUGGCUGACGGGAUGGCACUGCUCAAACGGAUAUCGCGGCAACAACAAUAUCACAAGGCAAAGGUGCCUGACCAGACUGCGGCCCAGGCAUUCGCCAGCUUUCAUCACGGCUUCGAGCUGGUGCGCACCAUUUUGAGGGACGACCACCCCAUGAGCUUAGCCGUAAUAUUGGGCACGGUGUGCGAGCUGAUCAGCCACACCGGCCUCGUUGGAGGCGGAGGAGAAGGCGAUGGCGAUGGCGAUGGCGACCACGGCUCCUCGACUGCCGCGAACGACAAGCCUGUCACCCUUUUCUGGACCGUGACCGCCCAGCUGCUUCAAUAUCUAUCGGAGAUGGCGUCGUUGGUUCUCGGAAGCGGCCACGCCCUGACGGCCUUCUUCGCCGUGUUGGCCCAGGAAGCUCUGUCCCUGUCUUUGUCUUUGUCACAGGCACUCAACCUUAACGGUCGUGCUGCUGCUCUCGAGGCGCGACUUAACCUGGCCAACUUGAUCGUCAACACCCUCCGCGUCGCCACCGGACAGUACCUCUCAUUUACCAGGUCAUCUACCACCUCCGCCACCUCUGCCAGCGCACACGACUGGAAGACACUAUACUUGCGAGAACGGUUUUGUGACAGUUUAUACCAUUCUGGCCCAUCCUUUGCCCACGAGCGCGCCCAGGAGCGCCGCUUGCUGCUCCAUGACCAAGAACGCUUCUACGGCCCCACGGCCCGCAAUGUGCUGUACACAAUGACCAACGUGGCGGAUGACGCGCUGGAAAAUGGCGACGUGGUGGGCGCCAUUGAGCAUUUCAAUCAAGUUCUGACACGGGCCGACCUGUUGAGCGACUAUGGUCGUGCCAAGACGAGGUUUGCCGCCCUCGAGGGCCUGGGGAAGUGUUUCAUUGCUCGAGCAGAAGCGGAAGGGGAAGCAGCAGCGAGCAGGUCAGACAACGUGUAUGCUGCACCGGAGCUCGACCCUCGACUCGGGGUGGGGAGUGGGACCGGCGAUAUCAACACGGACGUUGACGAUGCCACCCUUGGACAUAGCAGCGCGUACGCCUACACGCAACUGAAUACCAAUAUUUUGUCGGGUCAGUUUGCUGGAAUCACCAGUAUCCCUGUCACAGUCACAGCGCCAACGACAGCGGUUCACUGCGUCUGUGCUUGCAGUUGCGCAUGCCACAGUCACAACCAUGCAACUGGGCCAUCACACCCAUCAUACUCGGGGGAAAGUAGCAACCUGGGAACCGGGACAGCCACCCCCUCGACGUCGUCGUCGUCGUCGUCGUCUUCGCGCCCCGCUUCUCUGAACGAGCAGAUACUCGAACAAGAUCCAAUUCCAUAUCCAUAUCAAGACCCGUCUCAAGGUGGGCAUUCCAGGGGUGAUGGUGAUGGCGAUGAUGGUCAAACAGGGUCUGUGUGGUUCCAGCAGCAGGACUUGCAAUUCGUCGCGGGUCAUACUCAAGUUCAGCCUCAGACUCAAGCCCAAGCCCAAGCCCAAACCGAAACUCGGAGUCAGAUACAGAUGCCUAUGAAAAAUCCGAACCCGAGUAUAACAAGAAAUCUCGGCGAGAACGGUAUGCAAGGGUACUGUCUUCCUCUGCGCCAGUACAGCCCCCAACUGCCAGGCGAGGAUGCGGCACUCGCCGGGGGGGUCGGAUAUUCUGUUCAAUCUUCUAUCUACCCUCACCUUGAGCUUGGUGAUUCAGAACAAAGACAAGAACAAGAAAGGGAGAGGGAGAGGGAAAGAGAGCUACGAAAGGAAAGUGAAAGAGCAAGGGAGAGAGAGCUGAUGGAAAGGGAGCGAGAACUACAAAGAAGACGAGAAUUACUGGAAAGGGAGAGAGAACUGCUGGAAGGGGAAAUAAAGCUGCAAAGGGAGAGAGAACUGCUGGAAGGGGAAAUAAAGCUGCAAAGGGAAAGGGAACGGCAGAGCAAGAGACAAGAUGACCUCCAUCAAGCUCUGAGGUACUUUUGCGCCGCCGAGGCCGAGGCGCGCGUGUGGUUUGACACGACGAGUCGACGGACGGCACGAGUCAGGGCGAAGAUCGAUGAGAUUCGCGAGAUGGUGACGGCGACGGAGUUCUAG